UGCCGCGGCUAUCUGUUCCGCUUCGGCGCCCGGAAGUGCGGCCUUCAAGUUGACAAGCAGGAGGCAGCCGCUGCAGGGCCUGGUGCCUGAGGAGUCGGAGGUGGGGUCGAGCGGGCAUCCCCCUGCCUCAGAGUCACAGAGACGGCUGGGGGCGUGCCAGGAGCGGGACGCCUGCGUGAGGAGCGGUGUGCACGUUGCGAACACAAGAGGGCGCUGCAGGAUCGGGGCAGGAGCAGUGUAUGCAGUCUGAUCCAAGUGAAACACCCUUGUUUGCUGAAUAAGGAGACAGGCCCAGAGACCUGGAGUUAUUUGCUUGAUGGGUUAACUGACAAUUCGGAUUCCCAGCUCCUUUGCGGAGAUGGCAGCCACAGAGGCGGUGCACCACAUCCACCUACAGAACUUUUCGCGCUCACUACUGGAGACCCUCAAUGGGCAGAGGCUAGGCGGUCACUUCUGUGAUGUGACUGUGCGCAUCCGUGAGGCUUCUCUGCGUGCUCAUCGCUGUGUGUUGGCCGCGGGCUCACCCUUCUUUCAGGAUAAGCUGCUGCUCGGCCACUCAGAGAUUCGCGUGCCACCAGUGGUGCCUGCGCAGACAGUGCGCCAGCUGGUCGAGUUCCUGUACAGUGGCUCGUUGGUGGUGGCCCAGGGCGAAGCGCUGCAGGUACUCACUGCAGCGUCGGUGCUUCGCAUCCAGACUGUCAUUGACGAGUGCACACAGAUCAUCGCUCGUGCCCGUGUCCCCAACACCCCGGCUCCUGCCCCUCUGCCACCACCCGUGCCCCCUCCACUAGCACCCGCGCAGCUGCGCCACCGUCUGCGCCACUUGCUGGCCGCCCGCCCCCCAGGUCAUCCCAACGCCGCUCACAGUCGCAAGCAGCGCCAGCCCGCGCGUCUUCAGUUACCUGCACCCCCAGCACCCAUCAAAGCCGAGGGGCCUGAUGCGGAGCCAGCGCUGACUGCCGCACCUGAAGACAGAGGUGAAGAGGAUGAGGACGAGGAAACCGAUGAAGAAACCGACGCUGAAGAAGGUGAAGGCAGUGGCGGCGGUGGCGGCCCGGGUGAGGGCCAGGCUCCCCCUGCCUUCACCGACUGUGCAGGGGGCUUCCUAACCGCUGCAGCUGACAGCGCUCGAGAGGAUCCGCCUGCAUCCACUGGCAUCACUGAUUAUGGUGGUGCCGGGAGAGAUUUCCUUCGGGGGACUGGGGUCACUGAAGAUGUGUUCCCAGAUAGUUAUGUGUCCGCUUGGCAUGAGGAAAGCAGCGGAGGUCCAGAAGGUUGUCCAGUGGAAACGUCUGCUCCACCCGACUGUGCCCUGGCUGGGCCUUGCCCAACAGGUGUGAAGACCCCUGGUCCCCCUGUGGCUCUCUUUCCCUUCCAUUUGGGUGCUCCCGGCCCCCCAGCGCCAACACCUCCUACUCCAUCUGGGCCAGCCCCUGCGCCCCCGCCCACCUUCUACCCCACGCUCCAGCCAGAUGCAGCCCCCAGUGCUCAGCUGGGAGAAACGCAGGCUGUGGCUGCCGCCCCUGCUGCUCAGGCCACAGCCAUCUCAGGCACUCCUGUGCGCGCCCCCGGUGGUGGCCAAGGUGCUGAGCAACCCGCCUAUGAGUGUAGCCACUGCCGCAAGACGUUCAGCUCGCGGAAAAACUACACCAAGCACAUGUUCAUCCACUCUGGGGAGAAGCCACAUCAGUGCGCUGUGUGUUGGCGGUCCUUCUCGCUACGCGAUUACCUGCUCAAGCAUAUGGUCACACACACUGGUGUGCGAGCCUUCCAGUGUGCAGUGUGUGCCAAGCGCUUCACUCAGAAGAGCUCCCUCAACGUGCACAUGCACACUCAUAGGCCUGAGCGUGCGCCUUGCCCUGCCUGUGGGAAAGUUUUCUCACACCGAGCACUGCUGGAACGACACCUGGCAGCUCACCCAGCAACUUGAUUGGGAGCCAGCUUCACACAGCCGGCUGCUGCAGUCAGCCGCCUAGGACUAGGUUCACUCCACCAGAAGGCUCCUGCUCUGGAGUACGGACCCUUCCCCUUCCCCAUGCUGAACCUGUUUUCCCUGUGGACUUGGGACCCAGAAUCCUAUUUCUCUCCUACACUUGCUUAGCUUCUCUCAAUGGGAGAGCGAGAUGAUUAGGGCCCCUGCCACCUCAGAGACCAUUUCCAGAUUGAGCUGGGCAAACACAUUCUUGGAACCUGAUGCUGGACUUGUGACCCACCCCCUGCCAGGUAUGGUGUCCAGAGUUGUCCUCUGCCCCUGUGUUGGGCUAGAAUUCUCUGACCUCACCCCCCAAAGUCUGGAGCCACCCUUCCCUCAUUGGGCACCUAUGGAGGCCCAGACGGAGCUACCUUGGGACUUUAGGAUUCCAGUCUAAUAAAGGACAUUGGGCCAGUA